AGCGGAAUUUGUCUGCACAUCGCCUUCCAGAACAUCAGCCAACGCAAUGAACAGUCCGGCAUCAAGCAUGACCGGGAAACUGAUGGUGUCCGGCGCUGUGAUGUUUCGCCCUGGACGUUCGAAAUUACAGCCCUUGCCACCACUGCGGGACAAUUCUUUGCAAUGAUUGCUGUCCUUGUAUAUUUCAAUGGACGAGAGGCUAUAAUCUCAUCAUUCAUUACCCCUAACACAGUAGUAUCUAUUCUCUCGACUGGAUGCAAAGCAUCCUUGAUAUCUGCAGCUUCUUCAUGCAUUAGUCAAGCGACCUGGGUGCUCUUUGCAGACCGACCUCGACGUCUCUUUGAUUUCGAGAUGGUAGCUGAUGCUAGCCGGGGUGAGCUUGGAAGUAUUCGACUUGUCUUCAGUAAAAGGUUCCAGGGAGGAUUACUCGUGCGACUAGGUGCUCUUAGAACCAUUUUCACUAUCGCAAUGGACCCUUUUGCGCAGCAGUUGGUUAAAAUUACAAAAAUCACAAGACUCGCAGCCUGGAGGGAGCAUAUCUCAAUCUUUGCGAUGUUCUCUUCCUACUCAAAGGUACUAUCAUAA